GGCGCGCGCGGGCGGCGGGGCCGCUUUGUGGCGCGCGCGGCGGCGGGUUCGGGUCCCGGCGGCGGCAUGUCCCGCGUGUCGGUGCUGGGGGUGUCGGUGCUGGAGAACCCGAGCCCGUUCGGCCGCCCGCUGCGCUUCCAGGUGCAGUUCGAGUGCGGGGAGGCGCUGCCGCACGACCUGGAGUGGAAAAUCAUCUAUGUGGGCUCUGCGGAGAGCGAGGAGUAUGACCAGGUGCUCGACUCUGUGCUGGUGGGGCCUGUCCCAGCUGGGAGGCACAUGUUUGUGUUUGAGGCCGAAGCCCCCAACCCCAGCCUGAUCCCUGAGAGUGACGCGGUGGGGGUGACUGUGGUGCUCAUCACCUGCACCUACCUGGGCCAGGAGUUCAUCCGCGUGGGCUACUACGUCAACAACGAGUACACGGACCCUGAGCUGCGGGAGAACCCGCCCCUUAAGCCAGACUUCUCCCAGCUGCAGAGGAACAUUCUGGCCUCCAACCCCCGUGUCACCCGCUUCCACAUCAACUGGGACGGCCCCAGUGACCAGAUGGAGGACAUCGAGAACGUGGACCCGGAGCCCGAGGGCGUGCUGUCUGCCAGCUGCACCUCAGCCAAGGGGCCGGGCACUGCUCUCGGCAUCCUGCCUGAGAACUCCAUGGACUGCAUGUGAUCCGGGGCACGGCCAGACCUGGACACAGGAGUCCCAGGACACAGCCACUGCGUGGGGAAGGGGGUCUGACUGGCUUCAAGGGGGCUGCAUCCAAGUACCACAGUCAGUGGAGAAACCUGGACAUGUUCUAGUGGGGUAACUAAAGGGUAAACGCCUCUCCUUAACCAAUGGGGUGUCUGACUGUGGCCCUUCCCCUUAGCCGAUGGGCAUUAGGGGAUGAUCUGUGAGGAGACUGCGGGCACCUGCUUUGCAGCUGGGCUAGGGAGGAAUGGGAGCUGUAGGUCUGCUGGGCUCCUCCCCCACUUUCUCUGUCUCUGCACCAAUCACUGCUGGCUCGGUAGGAAUCACCCUUGACAAGCACUUAGUCCCACCCACCCUGCAUCAGGCCACCAGUUCAGGGAGCUCCUGGGGCUUGGGUGGCUUGCCGGGAAUGUGAGCCAGCUCCUUUGGCUUGUCUCUGGGAACCAUCCCCACCUCUGCGCUGACCCAGCUCCGCUCCUUCCAGGGUGGCUGCAGCCAUGACAUGCACCUGCCUGGUGUCCUUGGCCACAGUUGAGGCGGACUCCCCGUCAGACCCCUCCUUCACUGGCUCUAGCUGGGCAGUCGUAUGCUCUCCCCUCCAGCCCCAUGCUGCCCACUGUGGCUUUACAGCGCUGCUGCUGCUCUGCUACCUGGGAGUUCCUUCUCCUGGGAGCAUCCCAAUAACUCUAGAGCAGCUCCCUCCAGCUGCAGGAUUGAAAUCCCCACCCCUGGGGGGCUUCAGACUGUCUGUCGUCCUAGCUGCGGCACAUCAUGGUUCUACCAGCUCCUCUGGGGCACAACUCGCUCCAGCAUCUCUCCUGUGUACAGCCUUUCCUGGGGUGAAGGGGCACCAACAUACAGAGCCCUUGUGAUCACAUAGCUUGACCUCGGGGGUGGGGGGUAUGCACGGCACCGUGUGGCAAAGAGCUGUCUGAUCGGCAUUAGGGUGCGUUAGACUCAGCCCUUUCCUGAUGGAUCGACUUCCUUCCUUCCCCCUCAAGAAGAGCCUCUGAUAACGCCGCUCUGGCAACACCUACUGGUCUAUUGUGUUGUGUUAGGAAACCCGCUUCUGUUCCACUAGACUGAUUCAUCUGCAGCCUGAUCCGGGAUGGAGCAUGCCCCCGCUCAUCCGGCUGUGGGAUGGUGAUUCUAUUCGCUUUCUAGAGUAAAUGGCCAGUUACAACCCAGCCGGGAUCUUGAGCCCUCUACCGGCCUGCAUGGGGGAAAAGAGAGAUUAUUUGGGGGAAUCGCUAGUUCAGUUCUGUUCCGAAGUGCCCUGUUCUGACCUUGUCCGUUUCCCUCUCUGAUGUGGUAGGAGUACUCUGCAUACAUGGAUUUUUUGUUGUUGUUUUUUAAUGAUUGAAAGUGUCUUAAGUCAACAUAGGAAUAAAGCUCUUGGAAUGA